UCGGCAGUGGAAACUCAAUUGAAAUAAUAUGAUGUAUAAUGAUCACUGUCAAGAGUAAUUUUGAAGUGCGAAUAAAAAUGUGGUCAGGCAGCUUGUGUUUUGUACUCAUAAUUAUAUUAUUGUCAGAUGUACAAAAAGUUGAAGGAGAAUGGAAGAGACCUAACAUUGUCUUUAUUAUUGCGGAUGAUAUGGGUUACGAUGAUGUUAGCUUUCACGGUUCAGAUCAGAUUAUGACGCCGAACAUCGACCUGCUGGCUUACACGGGCGUUGCUUUGGAGAGAUACUACAGUCAUGCAGCAUGUACGCCAUCGCGAUCUGCUCUACUCACUGGCAAAUAUGCUCACGUUACAGGUAUGCAAGGAUAUCCUCUAACAAACAGCGAAGAUAGGGGUCUGCCAGUUACUGAGAAAAUUAUGCCCCAAUAUUUCAAAGAGCUCGGUUACGCGACUCACUUGGUCGGCAAAUGGCACGUCGGCCAAUCCCGCACUGAUUUCCUGCCAACGAUGCGGGGAUUUGAUACUCAUUUUGGUCACAGAGGAGGUUUUAUAGAUUAUUAUGAAUAUACACUUCAGGAAGAGAAUGGUGUUGAGGAAGUGACUGGAUUUGGACUAUUCAGAAAUUUAAGUGUGGCUUGGAAUGACGAGGGUUACAUCACAGAUCUUUAUACAAAGGAGGCGAAAUCAAUAAUUAUGUCACACAAUGAUUCCCAGCCGUUACUCCUAGUUGUAGCACACAACGCACCACAUUCGGCUAACACAGCCGCUGUAUUGCAAGCACCUCCUGAUGCAGUUAGGUCCAUGCGACAUAUUGAGUCACCUCAAAGGAGAAUUUACGCAGGAAUGGUCAAAAGACUGGAUGAAAGCGUUGGGGAAAUAGUUAAUACACUAUUAGAAAAGAAUAUUAUUAAUAACACUAUCAUCGUGUUUGUAUCUGACAAUGGUGGCAUGACAUCGGGCGAUUCAAUGAAUUAUGCAUCAAACUGGCCUUUGCGAGGUCUUAAAAUGUCCCCUUUUGAAGGUGGUAUUAGAGUGAACGGACUGAUAUGGUCUCAAAAUUUGACCGAGAAUAAUCAUUCUUGGAAAGGAUACUUUCAUGUAUCUGAUUGGUUACCGACAUUGAUGAGAGCCGUUGGUGCAGACCCGCCAUUAGGAAUUGAUGGCUUUGAUCUGUGGGAUAACAUUAUUAAAAACAAACCCUCUAAAAGAACUGAAAUGUAUGAGUUUGAUGAUAUUGGAGGGCACUAUACAAUUUUUUUUAACGAAUACAAACUGGUGACAGGACAUGUACCAACCGAGUUGGGAGAUUAUGAAGGUGGUGAAGAACUUAAAUCUAUUAUAGGAAAUGGGCCCGACUACAACGAUACUCUACAAAACAGUGUCAUGUAUGACGUGCUUUGCAGUAUAGGAAAACCAUUUGAUUUUGAAAAAGCUAAGCUUCGAGACAAAUUAAAAUUAACUUGCCACGAAGAAGUCGAGAAAAAUCCUCACCUUUGCUUUCCACAAAACACUUUAUGGUGCUUGUACAAUGUUAUAGAGGACCCAUGUGAAACGGAAAACCUGAGCGAAAAUAACCAAGGGUUUAUUCGAAGCAUGUUGAAUAGACUACAAAAGGAGAUAGCCAGAAGCAUACCAAGACAAAAAGUAAAAAGGGACCCUAGAUCUUCGCCACGCUUACAUAACUACACUUGGGACGUCUGGGCUGACGACAUUAACCCAAGUUUAGUUAGUAGUUAAGAUAAUAACGACGAUUUACUUAAAUAUUAUUAGGAAAUUAACUGUUAAAUUAAAAUGGGUGAACAAUUA